UUCCAACUACAUUUUUCAUAAAUUUUACCACCUUUUUUCACACAAUCUUUCAUACAAUGGCAACUAUGGCAACAACAGUCACUAAAACAACUUUCUUAGAACAAUCAUCAUUCCAUGGAGUUCCCAUUUCUUCUUCACCAAUUCGUUUCCAACCAAUUAAAUCCACACAAAACAACAAGUCCAUCACCAUAUCCGCAUCGUCUUCGUCGCAAUAUGAUCUUGGAUCAUUCACUUUCCGACCCAUCAAGGAAUCGAUUGUGGCCCGAGAAAUGAUCAGGAGGUACAUGACUGAUAUGAUCACCUAUGCUGAUACCGAUGUCGUCGUCGUUGGUGCUGGAUCCGCCGGUCUCUCUUGCGCUUACGAGCUUAGUAAAAAUCCUAACGUUCAGGUGGCAAUUAUCGAGCAAUCCGUGAGCCCGGGUGGUGGUGCGUGGCUAGGCGGACAACUAUUCUCAGCAAUGGUUGUCCGGAAGCCAGCGCACCUCUUUCUAGACGAGCUAGAAAUCGAGUACGACGAGCAAGACGACUACGUCGUGAUCAAACACGCAGCUCUAUUCACAUCAACCAUCAUGAGCAAGCUUUUGGCUAGGCCAAACGUGAAGCUAUUCAACGCCGUGGCUGCUGAAGAUUUGAUCAUCAAAGAAGGAAGAGUUGGUGGUGUGGUGACUAACUGGGCUCUUGUGACUAUGAACCAUGAUACACAGUCGUGUAUGGACCCGAAUGUUAUGGAAGCUAAGGUGGUGGUGAGUUCAUGUGGGCAUGAUGGGCCUAUGGGUGCUACUGGAGUCAAAAGGCUAAGAAGUGUAGGAAUGAUUGAGAGUGUUCCUGGUAUGAAGGCACUUGAUAUGAACACGGCCGAAGACGCGAUUGUUCGGCUUACGAGAGAAAUCGUUCCCGGUAUGAUCGUCACCGGGAUGGAAGUUGCCGAGAUUGAUGGGUCACCGAGAAUGGGCCCGACCUUUGGGGCGAUGAUGAUAUCAGGGCAAAAAGCAGCCCAUUUGGCAUUGAGGGCAUUGGGGCUACCUAACGCUCUCGAUGGAUCCUAUGUCGGAAGUGGCAAGCCAGAGUUGAUUCUUGCAGCAGCAGAAAAUGCAGACAUUGUUGAUGCUUAAAUGUGGUAGAAUUUCAAUUUAGGAUGAGGAAUAAGAGUUGUGGAUAAUGGGGAUGUCGGUAGUGGUUUGAGAUGAAGCUUUUGUUUUCUUGUUGAUUUGCUUUGCUCAGGAUGAUGUUUGGGUUGAAUUAAUGGUCCCUUUUUCCCUUCGAUAA